CGGAUCCCCCCUGAAUGUCAAGGAUACCCAUUCCGACGCACCACCCCGCGUCCCCCGGUCGUUCGACUUCUCCCUUUCCUGCUUUUCCUUCUGCCCCAUCCCCCCCGCCUCGCGAGCGCACAAUGUCCACCAUAUCUACUCCAACCAGCUCUGUCGCGGAUACGCGUCGCAAGCAGAGCAAACGUGAUGAGGCCAUUCGCAGGAAGAUUGAGGGCGAGCUCGCUAGAAAGCGGACCAUCUCCCUCGCCGGUACCAAAAAGAAGACAGUGAAGAAUGAUGGCCGCAAGGGAACAGUUGCUGCUCUCAAGCCCAGCCCAGCCCUGACAGUGCCUGAAAGCAUAACCGUCUCCGACGCUAGUCAACUGUGUGCUGCGAAACGCACGGAUUGCGUCUUAGUUGUCGACGAUGACGAGGGUCUGAGUGGUAUCUUCACAGCCAAAGAUCUGGCUUUUCGUGUGACGGCCGAAGGAUUGGAUCCUCGCACGACUCCGGUCAGCACGAUUAUGACUCGUAGCCCGAUGGUCACGCGGGAUACCACUAGUGCGACUGACGCACUGCAGCUCAUGGUUUCCCGUGGCUUCCGUCAUUUGCCUGUAUGCAAUGAAGAUGGUAACGUGGUAGGUCUUUUGGAUAUCACAAAAGUGUUCCAUGAGGCCCUGGAUAAAGUUGAACGAGGCUCGUCAGCCUCUCAGAAGCUCUACAGCGCUCUUGAAGGCGUUCAAUCUGAGCUGGGUGACAAUAUUUCGGCGAACCCUCAAGCUGCCGCGAUGCUUGCCUAUGUUGAAGCACUGCGGGACAAGACGGCUCUCCCCGAUUUGACCAGUGUCAUGGAUGCGCGUACCAGACCGGCAAUGGUUUCACCCAAAACGACCGUACGCGAGGCAGCUAAGCUCAUGAAGGAGAGCCGUACCACGUCUGUUUGUGUGAUGGAGAAUACUGGUGCCACAUCACCACCCAAGAUUGUCGGCAUCUUUACCAGCAAGGAUGUUGUCUUACGCGUUAUCGCGGCCGGUCUGGAGCCCAAUCGUUGCAGUGUUGUCAGAGUGAUGACCCCGCACCCCGACGUUGCUCCACCUACGAUGACUAUACACGAUGCCCUUAAGAAAAUGUACACUGGGCAUUACCUCAACCUGCCUGUUGUCGAGGAAGAUGGCCGGCUUGUCGCUAUCGUAGACGUUCUGAAGCUCACAUAUGCGACGUUGGAACAAAUGACCGCCAUGUCUGCACAAACUGACGGCGAGGAACAGCAUACCGGGCCAAUGUGGGGCAAGUUCUUCGAUUCCAUUGCACAUGACGACAACGAAUCUGUGAUGUCCGGGUCCAAUAUUCAGGGAGAGCCCACGUCGCCUGGAUUGCCGCGUUCACCCCCUCUCGUGUCAAACAUGCAUCGUUCCAUUACCAUCUCGGAAGUCUAUCCGCAUGACUCUGCAUCCGUGGUUGACGAUGAUCAGCCCACUCAGAACGGUGCCGCUUCUGCGAUGAUGCCAGCUGAUGCACAUGUGGAGGACGGCACGUACGUCUUCAAGUUCCGAACUCCCAGUGGCAGAACCCAUCGAUUCCAGGCAAGGCAUGAUGGUUACGAGAAUCUGAGAGACAUCGUCUCAAGAAAGCUGGCGCUGGACCCCUUCUUUUUGCGAAAAACAUCGACUAGCGAUGACGAGCAGCUGACGAUGCCAAACCACGAGGAUUUCACUAUCAUGUACAUGGAUAGUGAAGGAGAUUCAGUCACCAUUUCCGCAGACAAUGACGUGGCGGAUGCUGUUCGGGAAGCGCGCUCCAGCAAGCAAGAUCGUGUACUACUGAUCAUUCAGGGCGGCCAUGGCUGGGAAUCGAGUUCUGCUGAAGGCGAGAAGGAAGCAAAAGCUCAGGCCCAAGCUGCAAUGGAGGUUGUCAAAGAGCUGCAGAAGCCAGAUGUCGAGCUGAUGCCCGUGGUGCCAACCCCUGGUUUAGGGAUCACGGAGGACAAGGUCUUUGGAAUUCCUCGAGAUUUACUACUUCCCGCCAGCGUGGGCGCUCUGGCUAUCGCCAUUAUUGGCGUCUUCAUCGUCUCUCGCAUGACAAAAUGAAUGUUCUUGCUCUUUUUAUUCAUGAAUAUCGCUUAAAAUAGCACGCUUCUCUACGAUACUCCAUGAUACCUCGUUCUUGUACUUAUUCGUACCAAGCCC